UUCAAAGACGGGCGAGAGGGGCCCGAGACACGAAUUCAGGACGGAAUCUGUCCGGCAGCGCCGGUUAGAAGUCGCUGGCCUCUCUCUUUCUCUUUCCGAGAGCAAAACGCGUUACCGUCGCGGCCGAUCCCGAGUCGAUCUCCAAGAAGGUGUGGCGGUCAGAUAGAGAGCUGGGGAUAGAGAAGAAACGGGAGAAAGGGCAGAAGAUCGUCAGGGAUCUUCGGAACGAGCGUGAGAGGUCGCCAGAGGGGCGGACGUAAGGCCCCCGCGGCCAAAUCUUCGAUCAUCAGCUUGUUCCCUUGCUCUCUCGUUCGCCAGUUACUUUUUCUUUUUUUCGUUUCUUCUUUCUCGCUCGAACGCCUCCACGCACGAUAUCUUCCAUCAUCCUUGCGGAAUUCGGCGAGUCGAAUCGAUAUGCCCGAAAUGAGUUUCGGUGCGUCCUCGGUACGCAACAGAUCGGCGAGUUGAGCCGAGGGGCCUCGAAGAAGGCCGAUUUCGCUUCUUCGCGAGUGGCGCGAGGGGCCCGCUCUCCUGGUCCCCGGUCCGGUUCCGUUCCGUUCCCGCUGUUCAGAUCGGCGAGCGUCGCUCGGCAGAACGGAGCGCCUUACGGCCCCGUGCCCCGUGGAAAAGUGGUUAGGUUCCCGCAGCUGUCAGACGAGGCCGCGAGUUACAGGUGUGCAUAUCGUGUUCGUGCGCCCACAGUCGUGUGCAUGUGACGAGUGGCGGGACGCGCGUGUUUCGUUGCGCAGGACCGAUAUAUCGCACGCGGAUUUCGCGGAUUUUCCUUAGGAUAGCUGCGAAACGCGAGGCAAAGACCUCCGACAUAUACAGUGAGUGAUGGCUCUGCGCCUGAGGGGUAGCAAGGAUGUCAAGAAGAGCUUCUAUUACGUUUGGUACCUUGGCGCGAGGGAGGCCAAGGGGGUGGACGCGAUGCCCGGUGCCAUAGCUUACCUGCUGGAGCGGGAACGACUUCAAGAACCUUUCAAGGUCACACUGCAGGUGAGCAACAAAGGUCUGAAGAUUAUACAAACUGUUCACCCUGGUGGCUCGACGAGGUCGGCGGUGAAGCACUUGGUACCAGGCCACGCGGUGUUGGCGGCCGUGCAGAGAGAAGAUAUCGUGGCUGCGACUCUGCUCCUGCCAAAUCCAGCGACGAACAAUCCCGUGCACGUGCACGCGUACAGAUGCGACUCGGUCGAGACUGCCGAAUUGUUAGGUGGCCAGUUGAAAGCGCUGGCGUCACACACCGACAAUUUAGCCAGGGUCACGGCGAGCGAAGGCAGAAUUCGCAGCAAUCUAGGCAGCGACGGCCGAAGUACCAGAGAGUCCGAGUCUUCCGAAGGUAGCGGUGAGCUCAGACACGAUCCGGUCCAAACCACGACCAUUUAUGAAUCUUUGGCCGCCGAGUUGCGUGCAAAAUUAGGCAGAGGUAAUUCCGGCGACAGCGACGUCGGCCCGAUACUACUGCCGCCGCGCGACUACGACACCGUGCACAGGCACCGCGGCAAUCUGGCCGGCAUCGAAUUCAGGCGUUGCCUGAAUCAAACCAUCGUGGGUGGUAGCACGGCCAUCGACAGGGGUGGCACGAGAAGCGCGGCCAGCAGCGGCAUAGGAUCCGACAGCGCGGCGACGCCACCGCCUUAUCAGACGCAUCAUCCUCUCGGUCAAAGACCGUCCAGACCGUCCAGAGACUCCUCUUCCGAUGACGAUUGGGGUGCGCCAAAUGAGGAUAACGAUUAUCUACCAGAAGUGGAGACAGCUGCAAGUUUGACAUUGCCGCGAGUACCACGAAGCCCGGAAAGGCUGUCCAAUCAAGCGAACAGAGGAGUUUCACCGAGUUGCAACAGGAAUCGACGAGCAGCGGAAUUUAGACAACGAUCACCGAGUCCUCAAUAUCAGCCCAGGGUCAAUCCUGGCGAGGUGACCAGUCCCAGAGAAAGGUUCCAAGAUGCCAAGGAAAUGUUUAGGGCGAUGGAGAGGGAAGCCAUCGCUAGGCCUGUUCUCUCCAGGCAGAGAGACGUCGAGCAUCAUCCUGUACACAGAGUUCAGUCAGCUAGACAAGUACAUGAAGAUCGAUCUGGUCGCCAAUAUUCAAGCAUGAACUCCAUGUCUUCGCAUGAACAUGUAAUUAGACGAAAUCAGCCAGAAGAGCUUGAUCGUGAGAAUGUAUCUUACAAGGGCCGAUCUCGACCCAGGACUCAUCAUUACGCGAUUGAACAUCCAUCAGAGCCGGAGACUUCGAGGCCGCGACCAAGAAGCUUCUACGAGAAUCCGUCAGUCGGCAGAGAUUUCAGAGAUCAAAGGAAUCUCGUAGAUCAGAGAGAUAUUCGAGAAUUUCGAGAACGUACGCAACAUUCGCGGGAAUUGCGCGACAAGUUGCGAACGAGGAGCACGACUUACCAGGAACUGUCGGAGCACGAGAGAUAUCCUGGACUCGAUCGUGAAAGUGCCAGACCGCCGUUGGAGGUGAUCCCGACAUCCGGUAGAUACCGUCACAGCUACGCCGAGCCGCCGAGGUUGGGUUUAGCGGCGCUUCAUCCCUACUGACGCGUUAGCCCGUUUUAAUUGAUGAAUUAUUUAAUAAACUAAUCGACAUAUCGCGCUAUCGUUAUUAUUCAUGCACUGCGCCUUGACCGUUCAGUGUGUUCAUGGUUAAUGGCCUUUAUCCCGCCUCUGCAGUAAAAUGAGGAAGGAGAAAGGAGAUCGAAGAUUGCGAUAUAGAUAUUUUAUUAUUCGAUUUUGACACGCUAACACAGAACAAUUUCCAAUUAAUAUUAAUAUUUUUUUUACUAUCAAUCAUUUACACUAUAAAAUAUGCGUAAAAAUGAAUUAUUUAAUGUGCGAUGUAUUGGUGAAAUACAUUGUUUAUGAUAGUUGCUGUAAAAGUGACGUAAUUCCUCUCUCUCU